GUCGUCGCGUUCAAAUCGGAAAAGUUUUCGAAAUUCUAAGCGUCUAUAGAAUAGUGCUGUGUGUUUGUGUUGGUGUACUUGUGCUUAUAGAAUUAGUUUGAGCACCACUGCCGUGACGUGUGUUUGUGUGCGCGCUAGAAAGUCCUUGCUGAAAGGAUCAAGUGUGAAAUUUGUGUUAUUUAUUUAGAAUAAAUACAUUCGAAAAGCGGGCGUAGUGAGAAACAAACACUGCCAAUUACUCUGAAGUAGUUUUAAUGGAAUAUUAGUGGAUUUCACUUGAGCAUACAAUUAUUGAAUACUCAUACUCAGCUAGUCAACUGAAAUCCAAAGAAAAUGAAGGCUUGGAGCCUUGUAUUGGCGCUACUUUGCGUGGUGCAAUUGCGUACUCAUGCCUACAGCGUCGGUAGUACGUCCGGCUAUUCGACCUCUUCACGUUACGCUUCGUCCUCGUCCUCGUCGUCCGCUUCAAGCGUCGGCGGCAGUACGUCAUGUUGUCAGUUAAGUUCCUGGGCGUAUGCUCACUUCAAUGAGGUGCGUCAAUUCGCAAGUCGUCUGCGGCUGGAAUACAAUUACAUGUCACAGGGCAGCAGCACGGGUUAUCGUGUACAAGGCGCAUCGUGGGAUGAAAACAUCAUAAAUUUGACGGGCAAAACCGCAACCGAGCUGGACGCACUCGUACGACAUGUGAGCGAACAGCUCKUAACCGAUAUGCGUAAGGGACUCUUGCCCUACACCACGAUUGCAGCGCCGAACUUUUUCGAAUCGAAGGCUGCCGAGACGCUUGAGUCCAUCGUUGCUACUAACGAAGAUUUUGGUCAACAACAGCAGGAAGUCGAUGUUGGACACUUCCAACCAGUCGAUCUAUCCAAUUUCGAUGAAGUACGAAACUAUGCUUAUCCAGCCGAAGUAAAGGUGAUCGAUGGCAAGACUUAUGUGGUGCAUAAGAAUUGCACCGAGGCGAAGAAGGUGAGCGGUGAUGGCAGUUACAGCAGCCCAUUGGUCACAAUACGCAGUCGCAAUCGCACCACAAUCACCACAAAUGAUGGCGCACCCGCUUACACUUAUGGCACUGGUGGCUACAGCAGCGGUUCUUUGACUGCUGGUGGCGUCAACCGGUAUCCAAGUCCAGUUUACGGACAACCGAGUGGCAGUAGCAGCACGACCACCACUGUUCGACAUAAGAUUUAUGAUUGGGCCAAUCAAAAUAUGGAACCUAGUGUGUUGGGUUAUAAACCAGUGGUGAACGUUGCAGGCAGUUCAGAUUGGCAAAUGGGUGCUUACAGACCAGUACCACAGUCCCCCAUUGCGGGCAGUUUGAAUGCUGAUGUAGAAACUUUCGGCGCUGACAAUCAAGUAUUUCGACCAAGCUUCUCACCCGGCUCAACAGUGACCGUACGUCGUUAUAAUAAGACAAUUAUUACAAAUCCUGAUGGCACAAAUACCGUUAGCGGUUCCGAAUUGAAUCGCAAGUGGGUUGAUGGCAAGCUUGUCUACGACUCACAGCGUCCAUUUGGUGAAUGGUCUGUGCCACGUGGUGAGGCUUGGAAGCAGGAAGAGCGCGAACGUUUCUUCUGGUUCCUGUCACAGGGUAAUGUUACACCACAACGCUUGGAGGAAUGGCAGCGACAGCAAGAGGAGCGCUUACUAGCUAUGGCUGAGCGCCACGGCACCACUAUUGAGGCUAUACAGGAAUGGCAUCGUAGCGAAUUAGAUCGUUAUCGCGUGCUGUUGGGUCAAUAUCAGGCGCAAAACCCCAAUCUUACCGGCUGGAAGCGCAUCGAAGCAGGACGCUUAGACUGGCUGAUACAUCAGAAUAGCGUGACACGUGAAGAGCUCGAACGCUGGCAGCGCGAAAAUAAUGACAAGUUGGUGCAACUGGCACGUCAGUACAACAUAUCGCUGCAGGAGCUGAAGAACUGGCAAAUCGAAGAGUUGAAUCGGUUGUACGCUUACUUCAAUGACCAAAAUAAUUCGAUGAUUUCAAGGCCAAUAAAUUCGGGUUCGCUGCGCACCAACGAGCAGGAACGUUUGGAGGAGUUGAUUCGUCAGCAUAAUGCCACAAUUGAACAACUCCAGAAAUCUAUACGCUUGGACCAACAAAAGCUCUCAGAUUUGGGUAAGCAGUAUCGCGGCAAUGUACAGGAUAUGCAAAAGUGGUUGAAGGAUGAACUGGCGCGUCUGAAUGGCGUAAUCAAUGAACAUCGCACUGAGGUGACACGUGUCACGGAAUGGCAACGUUCUGAGCGUGAACGUUUAGAGAAUGUGGUUAAACAGCACCGUGGUUCAGUGGAAGACUUGGAAGCGCAAAUGGCACGCGAUCGCAACUAUAUGAAGUCGUUGGCUGCGAAAUACCAUGUUAGUCUGGAGGAGCUCGAGAAAUGGCAAAGCGCUGAGCUGGAGCGUUUGCACAGUCAGAGUCAGACUAAACUCGAAAUGGAUAUCAAAGAGUGGCAGCGACGUGAACAUGAACAUCUCAAGUCGAUUGUGAAUAAGAACGAUUUAACCAUUGAGGAAUUCCAAGCGAAGAUUAUGAGUGAUCGCGCACGAUUGGAAGAUUUGGCAAGAACAUAUAAGAUACAAGUGUCCGAGGUUGAGGAAUGGAUUAAGAAUGAAAUCAAAAACUUCCAAUCACAGGGUCUAUUGAAAGAGGUCGAGAAAGAGUUGGCAGUGUGGCAACAGAAGGAGCGUGAACGCUUGCUUGCCAUCGUUCAACAAAAUGAACUGACAGUUGAAGAGCUGGAGAAGAAAAUCAAAGAUGAUCAAUCUUACUUAUACAGAAUGGCCAAUAUGUACCAGGUCAAGGUUGAAGAAAUUGAAGAGUGGCUGAAGAAGGAAUUGUUGCGUUUACAAGGUGAGGGCCUAAUAAAGGUGGAGGACUUAAAAGACUGGCAGAAGCAAGAGCGGGAGCAAAUUUUGAAGAUUGUGCAAGAGAACAAGUUGACAAUUGAAGAAUUCGAGAAGAAGUUGUUGGCCGAUAGGCAACGCCUGCAAGACCUUUCACAGACUUACAACGUACAAACAUCUGAGAUCGAAGGUUGGAUCAAGAAGGAAGGUGAACGUCUGCAGAGUUUGGGUCUGUUGCAGAUACAAGAACAGUUGAAUAAUUGGCAGAAAAAUGAACGUGAUCGUCUACUUGAACUCGUUAACAAGAAUAACCUCUCCAUUGACGAAUUGCAAGAGAGUAUCAAAAAGGAUCGCCAACACGUUUAUACAUUGGCGCAUCAGAACCAAGUACGUGUGGAAGAGGUCGAAGAAUGGAUCAAGAAUGAGAUACAUAGACUGCAACAAGAAGGCUUGAUUGAAAUCGAAAAACUUAAGGACUGGCAGUCACAAUGGCGUGGCAAUCUCACAAACAUGGUCAAAGAGCGUGACUUUACAGUAGAAGAGUUCCACAAGUGGCUGCUGGAAGACCGCAAGCGUCUGCAAGAUCUUGCUAUGCAGCACAAUGUGCACAUCGAAGAGAUCGAGCAAUGGGUGCGCAAUGAGGAACAGCGAUUCAUCAGCAUGGGAUUGUUGAAACCGAAUGAGAAGCUCACCAACUGGCAAGAGGUAGAACGUCGUUACUUGGAACGUAUCACACAGGAACAAUAUCACUCCACUGAACAAUUGGAACAGCGUUUACGCCAAGAUCGUGAGUUACUAGAGAAGCUGGCACGUGACUACAGCGUACAAGUGGAAGAAAUCGAACAGUGGAUGAAGAAGGAGUUGGCGCGCUUGCGUGAUGAUGGUCAGCUACAAAUUGACAACCUCACCGCCUGGCAAAUUGCGGAGCGUGAGCGUCUCGAAGAGCUGAUCAAACAAAACAAGGUAUGGAGCGUUGAAGAAUUCGAGAGUGAGCUGCGUCAAGAUCGUGAACAUAUGCAGAAGAUGGCCUUCCAGUAUCACACCUCUGUGGAGGAGAUCGAGAAGUGGAUACAAUCGGAGGUAGAACGCUUACGUCAACAGGGUAAACUCGAUAUAGAGAAACUUACCGCAUGGCAGCAGGCGGAACAUGAUCACAUUUUGAGUUUGCUGCAACAACAGUCCUCCAUCACAGUGGAAGAGUUCGAGCAGAAAGUGCAGAAAGACAAGGUUUUCUUAGUUAAUUUAGCCAAUCAAUAUCACGUCAGCGUUGUCGAGAUCGAAGCUUAUGUGAAGAAGGUCAUUGAUGAUUUGCGCAACAAGGGCAAAUUCGAGGUAGAAAAUCUGCAGAGCUGGCAGUUGGUUGAGCGUGACUACAUCAAGCAAUUGAUUCAACAAUACCAAAAUGGACUAUCCACUGCCGAUUAUGAGCAGAAAUUGCUUGCGGAUCGCGCGCAUUUGCAUCAGCUCGCUGAUCAAUAUCGCGUUAAUGUCGAACAAAUCGAGAAGUGGAUGAUUGAAGAGUUGAAGCGUUUGCGCAAAGACUCAGCCGACCAUGUGCAGAAGCUGGCCGAUUGGCAAGUGGCCGAGGCGCAGCGCUUGAAGGAGCUCAUACGUCAAAACAAUCAAUUGAGCUACGUGGAAUUCGAAAUGGAGCUCAACAACGAGCGCCAACGCUUACAAGAACUGGCAAAACAAUAUUCGGUGAGUGUUGAGGAGGUUGAGACUUGGUUGCGCCAGCAGUUGGUGAAUCUGAAGACCACUGGUCAAGUGCAGGUGGAAAAUCUCACGCAGUGGCAAAGCGAUGAACAGAAACGUUUGAUUGACAUGCUAUUGCAGCAACAGAACAGUAUCAGCUAUGAUGAGUUCGACGCUCAACUGCGUCGCGAUCGCGAACGUCUACAGAAGUUAGGACGUGAGUAUAGCGUAAGUGUAGAACAAAUCGAAACCUGGAUGCGCGAUGAACUGCAACGUUUGAAGAACUCCGGUCUGCUGCAAGUGGAACAAUUGACACAAUGGCAGAGAACCGAACGCGAUCACCUACAAGACUGGCUGAAUCAGCAGAACAAUGCUACCACCUAUGAGGAGUUCAAUGCGUUCUUGCGUCGUGAUAAGGAACGUUUGGAACGCAUCGCACACGAUUAUCACGUAACAGUCGAGGAAGUGGAAUCGUGGGUGCAGCAGGAAGGUGCUCGUCUGCAAAUUCUUGGACUGAUUGAACGACCUCAGAAUUACAUCAGCUAUGAGCAACACAGUGAUAACGAUCAAUGGAAGAUUUACACCUUAGCGCACUUGAAAGCCGUCGCACAAACUGUACCGAUGAGUUGGCAAGAUUUCGAAGACUACUUGGUUAAGGAACGUAUGCGUUGGGAGCAAUUCGGACGCCAGUACGAUGUUAGCGUGGAGGAGAUCGAAGAGUACUUACGCGGUGAGGCGCACAAGCUCAAUCAGCAAGGUGUCAUAACUGGUUCGGAAAUAAUUGAAGAAUGGGAGAUUCACGAAAAUCAGUACAUACAGAAUCUAAUUAAUGAACGUCUACGCAAACAACAGCGCUGGUCGAUUGAGGAACUCGAAAGACAAUUGAAAGAAGAUCAGGAGCAUUUGCGUCAGUUGGCUAUACAAUAUCAUGUGACAGUGGAGGAGGUUGAAGCGUGGUACCAACAAGAGUUGCGACGUCUAUUAGAUCAGAAUAAAAUCGUAACCGAAAGCUUGGUCGAUUGGCAACGUCGUGAGAAGGACCGACUUUACCGCCUGGUCACACGUCAACCAGGUAUGACUGUCACAGUGUGGGAAGAACAAAUUCUGCGUGACAGAAAUACGCUCAAUAACUUGGCCGAUGAAUACCAUGUCUCUAUUGAAGAGCUCGAAUCGUGGAUACGUAAUGAGUUGAGACGUCUCGGCGAACUGGGACUUGUACGCGACCUACAUCAGAAUUUGGACUACAAUAAUUGGCAAAAGCAGGAACGUGAACGUUUACGUGCUAUCGCUAAAGACAUCAGCAUUACACAAAUUGAAUUCCUCGAGUAUAUUGCUGCCGACAUCGACUACCAGAACCGAUUGGCACAACUCUACGGCACCACACUUGAACAAUUGGCGCCCUUCCAACGCAUUGAAAUCGAUCAUAUGCAGCGUGAAGGUCUCUUGGACAACAUACAGCUGUUAACGCUCGAGAAAUGGCAGAAACGCGAACGUGAUCGCCUUUAUAAUUUGAUUAGGAAUCAAAACUUCAGCUUGAAGAAUCUGCGCAACUGGCAACGUCAGGAUGUCGUCCUUAACGAGUUGGCCGCCAGCUAUGGCAUCACCACCCAGGCACUGAAAGACUGGCAAAUUAAUGAGUUCGAGCGUUUCUUAAGAUUGGCCGAACACUACAGUUGGCAGCUGAAUCAACUGCAGAACUUCCGCGAAAAAGAAUUGCGCUACAUUGAUUUCGUAAUGCACAAGAAGACCACCAAUGAGGUUGAGCGUAUGAAGUGGAGUACGGAGGAGGCGCGACGUAUGGCAGACUUAGGACGCAAGUCCGGUUUGAGAAAUGAAGAACUCAUUCAAUGGCGACGCAUUCUUUAUCUGCUCUCUCAGGGUUUGCUACCUAUGGACGGUAGUACUGGCUUUGGCGGCCAUGAAAUUGGUGCCGGUUCGACCAAUCGCACCGCUUGGCCACAUCAAGUGAUCUCGAAGGAUCGUGGCGAUCAACCACCGCAUGUAUACGAGGAUAAUGUUGAUGUUGAAGAGCCUGGCUUGGCCGGUCAAGAUAACAAUUUGUAUCCACCACCAUCUGCGGAAAUGAAAGUCGAACCGACUACACAAUACCCAGCUUACGUUAGACCUGCACCAAGCGGUGGCGCGGGCGGACAAACAAGUGGUUACCGUUACAGCAAGAAGGAAUACAAAUUUACUGUGCCUUUGAGUGAAGUUGAUGCAACCGGUGCUAGUGGUGCGGGACGCGCACGUUACGGACGUGAGCGUGAAUUCGAUACACAGCAACAACAGCAGGAAGUGGAUGACUUCGGGCAACAACAACAGGUAGAGCUUGGUUGGAAUGGCAAGUUAGAGGAUGGCGGCCAACAGCAACAAGUCGAUCUGGGUUGGCAUGGUCAGCAGCAAGUGCAAGGCAGUUAUGGACGUGGUGGAGCCGCCGGUUACUCAUCUUCGUCGUCUUCGUCUUCUUCCGCUACAUCAGCGCAUAGCUCACAUUCCGGUGCGCAUGGUCAUGGCGGUUAUGGCCAUCGUCAGCAGCAACAACAGCAGCAACAGUUUGAAGAUUUUGGCCAACAACAACAAGUAGAACUAGGCGACUACAAACAAAACGCAUGGGAUCAGCAGCAACAGCAACAAGACGUGCAGGUCGAGGAUCUGCAGGGCACAUUUGUGGCACCCCACCGCGGUGCCAGCCAGAAGCAGGUGUCCAGCACCGAAGCGAAUGCACAAAUCGAGGUUACGGCUGAACCGGAGAGCUCUGGCAUAUGGGACUCAUUCAAAAAGAAGGCUUCAGGUCUUUUUGGUUAAACAAACUUAACGACCAAAUACAUACAGCUUAAAAUCGAUCAUCCGAAGACAACGAAUAAUCGACACUCUUUUGUGCAUAAAUUUCUUGAAUUGUUAUUAAUGUAAAUCUAUUUCGUUUUUAUGCUUUAUUUUAUAUUUUUAUAAACAACGUGUCAUAUAUUAUUUGCUUUUGUUUGUAUUUUUAAUAUUAGUUGCUAAGUUUUCUAAAUGUGUACUCAUGCGCGAACGUUAAACGACUGCUUCGUUUUAUAAUUAAUUUAAAUAAAAUAAUAACAAUAUAUAAUU